AGGCUCUGCUGAUGGGUCCCAGUGCCUGUGUCUGUUCAGGGACUUCAGCCUGUGCCUGCCGCACCAAGUCCUGUGCCCUGGCCCCUCAGCCCCUCCCCACAAAUGCUCAGCGGAACAGGGGAUUAGGUUCUGGCAGCACAGCUGGGAUUUUGGCGGCCAUUCCACAGUCGACAAUAGCGCGCAGCCACCCGGACAGGACCGCGCAGGCCCGCGCUCCGGGGCCGCAGUCAGCCCCGGCUCCUUGUUUGGGUGGCCGAGGGGGAGGAGCGGGCGCAGCGCAGCGGCCUGGCCUAGCCACGCAGAAGGUGCAUUGGGGUGACUUUCUGCUUUUACCAAGAUGACGCUCCAUGCCACCCGGGUGGCUGCACUCCUGUCUUGGGUGAACAGUCUGCGUGUGGCUGACCCAGUGCAGGCUGUGCUUCAGCUCCAGGACUGCAGUGUCUUCAUCAAGAUCAUUGACAGCAUCCACGGUACUGAUGAGGCGCAGCAAUUGCUACAGCAUCCGGUGCCAGAGAGACUGGAAUUUGUGUGCAGUUUUCUGCAGAAAAACCGAAAACAUCCCUCUUCUCCAGAAUGCCUGGUGUCAGUGCAGAAGGUGAUGGAGGGGUCAGAGCUGGAACUGGCCAAGAUGACCAUGCUGCUCUUAUACCACUCCUCCAUGAGCUCCAGAAGUCCCAGGGACUGGGAACAGUUUGAAUACAAGAUUCAGGCUGAGUUAGCUGUCAUUCUCAAAUUUGUGCUGGACCAUGAGGAUGGGCUAAAUCUGAAUGAGGACCUAGAGAACUUCUUGCAGAAAGCUCCUGUCCCUUCCCCCUGUUCCAGUACCACAUCUGAAGAACUCUCCCCACCCAGCCACCAGGCCAAGAGGGAGGUUCGCUUCCUAGAGCUACAGAAAGUUGCCUCUUCCAGUGGGAACAACUUCCUCUCAGGUUCUCCAGCCUCUCCCAUGGGUGACAUCCUGCAGACCCCACAAUUCCAGAUGAGACGGCUGAAGAAGCAGCUUGCAGAUGAGAGAAAUAAUCGAGAUGAGCUGGAGCUGGAGCUGGCGGAGAACCGCAAGCUCCUCACUGAGAAGGAUGCACAGAUAGCCAUGAUGCAGCAGCGCAUUGACCGCCUGGCUCUGCUGAACGAGAAGCAGGCAGCCAGCCCGCUGGAGCCCAGGGAGCUUGAGGAGCUCCGUAGCAAGAAUGAGAGCCUCACCAUACGGCUCCAUGAAACUCUGAAGCAGUGCCAGGACCUGAAGACAGAGAAGAGCCAGAUGGAUCGCAAAAUUAACCAACUUUCUGAGGAGAAUGGGGACCUUUCUUUUAAGCUGCGGGAGUUUGCCAGUCACCUGCAGCAACUCCAGGGGGCCCUCAACGAACUGACGGAAGAGCACAGCAAGGCCACGCGGGAGUCGGGGGAGAAGCAGGCCCACCUGGAGAAGGAGCUCAGCACAGCCCUGCAGGACAAGAAAUGCUUUGAAGAGAAGAAUGAAAUCCUUCAGGGAAAACUUUCACAGCUGGAAGAACAUUUGGCCCAGCUGCGGGAGAAUCCACCCCGGGAGAAGGGCGAGGUGCUGGGCGACGUCUUGCAGCUGGAAACCCUCAAGCAGGAGGGAGCCACUCUUGCUGCAGACAACACCCAGCUCCGAGCCCAGGUGGAGGCGCUAGAGACUGAGCGGGGCCAGCGGGAAGCCAAGCUGCUUGCCGAGCGGAGCCACUUUGAAGAAGAAAAGCAGCAGCUGACUGGCCUGAUUGCCGAGCUGCAGGGCUCCCUGUCCAACCUCAGCCAGGCCAAGGAAGAGCUGGAACAGGCCUCCCAGGCUGAGGGGGCCCACCUGUCUGCCCAGGUGGCCAGGCUGACCACCGAGCUCACUGCCCACAACGCCACCAUCCAGCAGCAGGAUCAAGAACUGGCCAGCCUGAAGCAGCAGGCCAAAGCAGAGCAGGCGCAGCUCACGCAGGCCCUCCAGCAGCAGGAACAGGCCUCUGAGGUUCUCCGCCAGCAGGUGGAGCAGCUGAGCAACAGCCUGAAGCAGAAAGAGCGGCAGUUGGAAGAGGCUGCCAAGGAGCAGGAGGCGGCCCUGCGAGACCAUGCCCAGCAACUGGCCACUGCGGCCGAGGAGCAGGAGACCUCUUUACGGGAGAGGGACGCAGCCCUCCAGCAGCUGGAGGCGUUGGAGAAGGAGAAGGCUGCCAAGCUGGAAGUCCUGCAACAGCAGCUUCAGGCUGCUAACAAAGCCCAGGACAGUGCCCAGGCCUCAGUGACACAGGCCCAGCGGGAGAAGGCAGAGCUGAGCCGAAAGGUGGAGGACCUCCAUGCCUGUGUCGAGGCAGCCCGCCAGGAGCGGUCAGAGGCCCAGGCGCAGGUGAUAGAGCUGAAGGCCCAGCUGAGGUCUGAGCAGCAAAAAGCAAUCGAGAGAGAAAGGGUGGCCCAGGAGAAGGCCCAGCUCCAGGAGCAGGUCCGGGCCCUUGAGGAGUCCUUGAAGGUCACCAAGGGCAGCCUGGAAGAGGAGAAGCGCAGAGCCGCAGACACACUGGGAGAGCAGCAGCAUCGUAUCUCCAAGCUGGAGGCAGAGACUCGGAGCCUCGUGGAGCAGCACAAGCAGGAACAGAAGGAGCUAGAAGAAGAGAAGGCUGGGCGUAAGGGGCUGGAGGCCCGAUUACAGCAGCUUGGGGAGGCCCAUCAGGCCAAGACAGAAGCCCUGCGGCAGGAGCUGGCUGAGGCUAUAGCCUCCCAGCGCGAGGCCGAGAGUGAGUGUGAGCAGCUUGCAAAGGAGGUGGCCAGCUGGCGCGAGCGGUACGAGGAUAGCCAGCAAGAGGAGGCACAGUAUGGCGCCAUGUUCCAGGAACAGCUGAUGACCCUGAAGGAGGAAUGUGAGAAGGCCCGCCAGGAGCUGCAGGAGGCAAAGGAGAAGGUGGCAGGGAUAGAGGCCCACAGUGAGCUCCAGAUGGGCCGGCAGCAGAGUGAGCUCGCUCAGCUCCAUGCCAACCUGGCCAGGGCCCUGCAGCAGGUCCAGGAGAAGGAGGUCAGGGCCCAGAAGCUUGCAGAUGACCUCUCCGCCCUGCAGGAGAAGAUGGCUGCCACCAGUAAGGAGGUGGCCCGCCUGGAGGCCUUGGUCCGCAAGGCGGGUGAGCAGCAAGAGACAGCCUCCCGGGAGCUACUCAAGGAGCCCCCGAGAGCAGGAGACAGCGAGUCGGAGUGGCUGGAAGAGCAGCAGGGACGCCCUUUCUGCAGCACACAGGCUGCACUGCAGGCCAUGGAGCGUGAGGCAGAGCAAAUGGGCAGUGAGCUGGAGAGGCUGCGGGCUGCACUGAUGGAGAGUCAGGGGCAGCAGCAGGAAGAGCGUGGGCAGCAGGAGAGGGAGGUGGCGCGGCUGACCCAGGAGCGGGGCCGGGCCCAAGCUGACCUUGCCCUAGAGAAGGCCGCCAAGGCAGAGCUUGAGAUGCGGCUGCAGAAUGCCCUCAAUGAGCAGCGUGUGGAGUUUGCUGCCCUGCAGGAGGCACUGGCCCAUGCCCUGAUGGAAAAGGAGGGGAAGGACCAGGAGCUGGCCAAGCUUCUUGGGCAGGAGGCAGCCCAGAGGGCAGAGCUGAAGGAGCUUCAGCAAACUGUAGAGCAGCUGAAAGAACAGCUGGCCCGGAAAGAAGAGGCGCACCCACAGUCUCUAGGGGUGGCCAGCCAAGAAGAUGCUUCCAGGUCAGGAACCCAGUCUGAGGCUGCUGGAAAGACCGAGGGAAAAGGUCCUGAGCUGGAGGCUCUGCGGGCGGAGGUGAGCAGGCUGGAGCAGCAGUGCCGCGAGCAUCAGGAGAAAGCCUCCAGCCUGGAACGCAGCCUCGAGGCUGAGCGCGCCUCCCACGCUGAGCGGGCUGGUGCUCUGGAGACUUUGCGGGGCCAGUUAGAGCAGAAGGCCCAGGAGCUGGGGAGCGGACAGGACGCCUUAGCCACAGCCCAAAGGGAGCUGGCCACCCUCCACACCAAGGCCCAAGAGCACAGCAAGGCUGAGGAUGAGUGGAAGGCCCAGGUGGCACGGAGCCAGCAGGAGGCUGAGAGGAAAAACAGCCUCAUCAGCAGCUUGGAGGAGGAAGUGUCCAUCCUGAACCGCCAGGUGCUGGAGAAGGAGGGCGAGAGCAAGGAGUUGAAGCGGCUGGUUAUCGCUGAGUCAGAGAAGAGCCAGAAGCUGGAAGAGCGGCUGCGCCUGCUCCAGGCGGAGACGGCCAGCAACAGCGCCAGGGCUGCCGAACGCAGCUCUGCUCUGCGGGAGGAGGUCCAGAGCCUCCGGGAGGAGGCAGAGAAGCAGCGGGUGGCUUCUGAGAGCCUGAGGCAGGAGCUGGCCUCGCAGGCCGAGCGAGCAGAAGAGCUGGGCCAGGAGUUGAAGGCAUGGCAGGAGAAGUUCUUCCAGAAGGAGCAGGCCCUCUCUGCCCUGCAGCUGGAGCACACCAGCACACAGGCCCUGGUGAGCGAGCUGCUGCCUGCUAAGCACCUGUGCCAGCAACUGCAGGCUGAGCAGGCAGCGGCUGAGAAACGCCAUCGGGAGGAGCUGGAGCAGAGCAAGCAGGCAGCUGGGGGGCUGCGGGCAGAGCUGAUGCGGGCCCAGCGCGAGCUCGGGGAGCUGGUGCCCCUGCGGCAGAAGGUGGCAGAGCAGGAGCGAGCAGCCCAGCAGCUGCGGGCGGAGAAGGCCAGCUACGCAGAGCAGCUGAGCAUGCUGAAGAAGGCUCACGGCCUGCUGGCAGAGGAGAACCGGGGGCUGGGCGAGCGGGCCACCCUCGGCCGGCAGUUUCUGGAAGUGGAGCUGGACCAGGCCCGGGAGAAGUAUGGCCAAGAGCUGGCAGCUGUACGUGCUGAUGCUGAGACCCGUCUGGCUGAGGUGCAGCGGGAAGUGCAGAGCACUGCCCGGGAGCUGGAGGUGAUGACUGCCAAGUACGAGGGUGCCAAGGUCAAGGUACUGGAGGAGAGGCAGCGGUUCCAGGAGGAGAGGCAGAAACUCACUGCCCAGGUGGAGCAGCUAGAGGUAUUUCAGAGAGAGCAAACUAAGCAGGUGGAGGAACUGAGUAAGAAGCUAGCUGACCAUGACCAAGCCAGCAAGGUGCAGCAGCAGAAGCUGAAGGCCCAGGGAGGUGAGAGCCAACAAGAGGCCCAGCGCCUCCAGGCCCAGCUGACUGAGCUGCAGGCCCAGCUGAGCCAGAAGGAGCAGGCAGCUGAGCACUACAAGCUGCAGAUGGAGAAGGCCAAGACUCAUUAUGAUGCCAAGAAGCAGCAGAACCAAGAGUUGCAGGAGCAGCUGCGGGGCCUGGAGCAGCUGCAGGUGGAGAACAAGGAGCUGCGGGCGGAAGCGGACCGGCUAGGCCGGGAGCUGCAGCAGGCCGGGCUGAAGACCAAGGAGGCCGAGCAGACCUGCCGUCACCUCACCGCCCAGGUGCGCAGCCUGGAGGCACAGGUCGCCCAUGCCGACCAGCAGCUUCGGGACCUGGGCAAGUUCCAGGUGGCGACAGAUGCCUUAAAAAGCCGGGAGCCCCAGGCUAAGCCUCAGCUGGACUUGAGUAUUGACAGCCUGGAUCUAAGCUGCGAGGAGGGAGCCCCACUCACUAUCACCAGCAAGUUGCCUCGUACCCAACCAGAUGGCACCAGCAUCCCUGGAGAGCCAGCCUCGCCCAUCUCCCAGCGUCUGCCCCCCAAGGUAGAAUCCCUGGAGAGUCUCUACUUCACCCCCAUCCCUGCACGGGGUCAGGCGCCCCUGGAGAGCAGCCUGGACUCCCUGGGGGACGUCUUCCUGGACUCAGGCCGGAAGACCCGCUCCGCUCGUCGGCGCACCACGCAAAUCAUCAACAUCACCAUGACCAAGGUUCAUCCUCUCUUCCAGAAGCUAGAUGUGGAGGAGCCAGACAGCGCCAACUCCUCCUUCUACAGCACGCAGUCUGCCCCUGCUUCCCAGGCAGGCCCGAGAGCCACCUCCUCCACCCAGUCUCUAGCCCGCCUGGGCUCUCCUGACGACGGCAGCUCGGCUUUGCUUAGUCUGCCUGGCUACCGGCCCACUACCCGCAGCUCUGCUCGCCGCUCCCAGGCCGGGGUGUCCAGCGGGGCCCCUCCAGGCAGGAACAGCUUCUACAUGGGCACUUGUCAGGAUGAGCCCGAGCAGCUAGAUGACUGGAACCGCAUUGCAGAGUUGCAGCAGCGUAAUCGAGUAUGCCCCCCGCACUUGAAGACCUGCUACCCUCUGGAGUCCAGGCCUUCCCUGAGCCUGCCUACCAUCACAGACGAGGAGAUAAAAACUGGCGACCCCCGGGAGACCCUGCGCCGAGCCAGCAUGCAGCCAACCCAGAUAGCUGAGGGCGUCGGCAUCACCACCCGGCAGCAGCGCAAACGGGUCUCCUCAGAGCCCCACCAGGGCCCUGGCACCCCUGAGUCUAAGAAGGCCACCAGCUGUUUCCCUCGCCCCAUGACUCCCCGGGACCGACAUGAAGGGCGCAGACAGAACACUGCUGAGGCCCAGAAGAAAGCAGCUCCAGCAGUUGUAAAACAGGCUGACCGCCGCCAGUCAAUGGCCUUCAGCAUCCUUAAUACACCCAAGAAGCUUGGAAACAGCCUUCUGCGGAGGGCAGCCUCGAAGAAAGCCCCGCCCAAGGCCUCCCCCAACACCCGCAGUGGAACCCGCCGCUCUCCUCGCAUUGCCACCACCACAGCCAGCACCGCCACUGCUGCUGCUGUCGCUGCUGCCACUGCCACCCCUCGGGCCAAGGUCAAGGCAAAGCACUAAAGAGCCCGUACCAGUGAGUGGCCCCACCUGUCCUUGAUGCCGACCUCGCCUGGUCCUUUUCCUUCUGUCCCUUUCAGUGCCUUCUAUCAAUCAGCUCCCAGGCCAACAGCGGCCAGACCCCUAGAGACAGUGACGCCUACCCACAACUGGCCUGGUUCCUGGACCUUUGCCAGGUGAACAGAUGUGUCCUCACAGUUGGCCCAGGAGGCCCGGAGCCUGGACAGUCUGGGUCCUCCCUGCCUUCUGAUGUUUUCUUAAAGUCACUUCUCCAUCACAGCUAGAUUUGAGGCUGGCUUUGAGUGGCUGGGUCCUUGGGCCCAGCCAGUCCUUUCAGCCUCUGGAUCUAGAAGGGACCAUUGGAGGAGCAUGCAGGCCCUGGUCCCUGCUGCUCCUGGUGGCUGGGCCUAGCAAGGGCCCUUGCUCUUGAAGCCAGGACUGGGCAUUGACCUAGUGGGAACACCCCACCCCUGUGUGCUCCGAACCACCCAAGGGCAUGGUUGCCCACAGGACAGUCUUUUUCCAGGAGAGAGGGGCCCUGUGCCUCGGUGGGGGAUUGGGGCCAGCCUUCAGUGGCAGCUCAUCCCUCACCUUCCCCAGACUUACCCUGGGGUGGGAUUUGGAGUGAUGGGAAGGUUUUUAACGGCCAGGGAUGGAACUUUUCUAAAUGUUAUUACUUGUAAAUAAAGUCUAUUUUUCUCCCUUGA